AUGCCAAAAACCCAGGACCACUUCACUGGCCGUCAUUAUGACGCUGAACACAGCACCGGCCCGCUCAAGUCUCUGAAUCCAACUAAGCGAUAUCUAGUUGCCGACAAGAAGCCAAUCACUGGGCCUGACACAGGACAAGCUGAACUGCCAGCGCGGCCUAGUGCUCAACGUCCCGGAGUUGCUUAUGUCUGGAGAAGUCGAGACAAUAGGAAAGGACGGCAUGCGCUGGCCGCCAUCGAACACCUGGAACCAGACUCUACGUGGGGUUUCGAAGAUGCUUCUGAGAUACCCAGUCUGGGAUGUGUCUUACGAUGUCGCGGGCCGAUCAUUUGGGUCAUUAAUGGAUUCUUCUCCUGGCUGCCCGUCCAAGAUCCCUCGACAGAGUUCUCUGACUGGGCUAGCGGACUGACAGAAUUCAUCGGAGCCACUGUCUUCGAGUUGGGCUCAGUGCUACUUAUGUUUGAGGCCGUCAACGAGAACCGCUCAGACUGUUUUGGAUGGGCAGUGGAAGAAACUGUAGAUGGUGUUCUCCAUCUCAAUCCUGCACACAAUUGCGGGCAUUCACAUGCCCAAAAGCGGACAUUUGUCAAAGGAAUCUCGACAAACCUAGAUCAAAUCGUGGAAAGACGAGGGGAAUCAUCUGACAGUGAUCGGAUGUGGUCUUGGUGGCCGACAUGGUUUUCUGGCCUGCUCCUCGCAGACGUUCGGCGCCACAGUCUUCUAGAUAUCAGCCUCUCUACGCCGGCUGAGAACGGGGUCUACUGGCUGCCCCAAGUCAUCGGCGGCACGGGUUUCAUCUCUCGCUGGUACGUCCCCGCGCCAGGGGUUCUCGGAUGGCAUAUUGGACUAUGGAACUUGAUAGGGGCUAUCGGGUUCACGCUGUGCGGCGCGCUGGGCUUUGGUAUUACGCAGCCGGGUGUCGAGUAUGCGCUUACGCUGUCGACGUUCAUAGGUUCUUGGGCAUUUCUUAUUGGGAGUGUGAUACAAUGGUUCGAGAGCCUUAACAAGUAUCCUAUCUGGCCUUGGGGAACGAAGCGUGAAGCGGUCGAUUUCAAAUUUCUCAAAUUUGGCUUCAAAAUCCGGGGUUUCAUGUCACAUCGUACCAUUAAGGCCGCUCUGACCCACGGGCUGUCUGAUCAAAUUUAUUCUUGCCUUAAUCUCGCUAAGCCUUUGUGGAUCCCGCCUUAUUCUUUUGAUCUAAUUAUUACUCUUCUUCUUAGUCCUCGUAAAGUUUGCCUUAUUUGCCUCUCAGCCUAG